UGAAAUUCCGGCAGAUCAUGAGACUGUGGGCUGUUUUCCCUGCAAGUUUAAACCAGAAAGUUCACACCAAACAGGCAUGAGGUCCUCUCACCAUGAGCUGCCACUUCUCUUCAGUCUGAUCAGCCUCGUGUCAGGGCUGCAGUCUGAGACCUGCUCCCUGUCCCAGGUGCCUUUCCUCACGGUGUGGAACGCACCCACAGCCAGCUGUCUGUCUCAGUAUGGCGUGGACCUCGACCUGGGCACAUUCAGCAUUGUCCAGAACCAGAACCAGAGCUUCACGGGGGAAAACAUCACCAUCUUUUACAGCGAAAUGCUCGGUCUGUAUCCCAGGUACUCAGGCCGAGCACAGGCGAUAAACGGUGGGGUGCCACAAAACGCCAGUGUGGAUGAACACCUCAGGAAGGCCUCUGAAGAUAUCCACACCUGGAUCCCUGACAGGGAUUUCCAAGGGCUGGCUGUGGUGGACUGGGAGAGCUGGAGGCCUGUGUGGGAGAGAAACUGGGACACUAUGCAGGUGUACAUGGAGGGAUCAAAAGCACUGGUGAGGUCCAAGCAUCCAGACUGGAGUCCUGCGCAGGUCGACGCUGCAGCGCGAGUGGAGUUUGAGGAAGCCGGGAGGAAGUUCAUGGAGGAAACGCUGAAGCUGGGGCAGCAGGAGAGACCAAACGGGCUGUGGGGUUAUUACGGUUUCCCCGAAUGCUACAACUACUACAGCGUCAAAAAAAAAAACUACACAGGGGAGUGUCCACCUGUAGAGAUGAAGAGGAACGACGAGCUGUCGUGGUUGUGGAACGUGUCCUCCGCUCUUUAUCCUGACAUCUACCUCAGCCUGCAGCUGCGAGGCCUCGGCAGAGAAGUGCUCCUCUACACCCACCACCGCAUCCUGGAGGCCGCGAGAGCAGCAGAUCAGCAGACUCCAUCUGCACCGCCUGUGUUCCCCUACACUCGCAUCGUCUACACGUACACCUUAGAUUUCCUCUCCCAGGAGCACCUGGUCUACACCAUCGGAGAGAGUGCCGCUUUAGCAUCUGCAGGGGUGGUGCUUUGGGGCGACCAUGCCUUCUCCAAAUCUCAGGCCACUUGUGAGGCCGUCAAAUACUUCAUCGACGAUACUCUGGGUCCCUACCUGGUGAACGUAACGGCAGCGGCCACUCUGUGCAGCCAGACCAUGUGUUCAUCUCGGGGCAGAUGCCAGAGGAGGAACCCGAACUCCGGGGCCUACCUCCACCUGGACCCCGCCGUGUGGAAGGUGGUGUCUAAGAGGAAACCAGAGGGCAGGCGGCACUACAGCGUUUUAGGACAGAUGAAAACACACGAGGUAACGUUCAAGAAGUCUGAGUUUCGGUGCAAGUGUUACCCAGGCUGGAGCGGUGAGAGCUGCUCCAAAAACACUCGGGGGUAA